AUGGAUGCCAUCGAUGACGAGGACAUCAGGCUUCAGCGAGCCUCUGCUGGCCUGUUAUCCGACCUACGCUCGUCCUUGGGAAAAAUCCUAUGGAAAUCGACCCCUGCAUCCGCCGGGCACCGCCGUAUCCACCGUUUAGUGCGACAGCGAGACCUGGAUCGCCUUUUGUCCUUUGUCGAGCCAUUCCAAGAGGAGCCGCAGCUUCUCGACACGCACUUGAGAGAUGUCGUGCCACAGCUGGUUGAUGCUUACUUGGAGUAUCUGCCCCAUUCUACGGGCACGCCUGUCAAGCCCAAAGCUGUCCCUCUUCCGCUAGCCGUUUCUCGGAUCUUGUACACGCUCUGCAAGGUUCGUGGCCAGAAGGUCAUUGUAGGCUUCUUCAACAAUGAGCCCCGCUACUUGGAGCCCAUCCUUGACCACUUCGAGAAAGGACUUGGCGACGAGUCCUUCGUUUGGGAAGAGAAAUUUGUAGCCUUGCUUUGGCUCUCACAUCUCAUGCUUGCUCCUUUCGACCUGGCCUCAAUAUCAUCAGGCCAACCUGCUGAAACCGCCCAGCAGCGCACUGGUAUUGUCCUGCCAGACAGUCUACCCGGCGUCGUCAACCGCAUCAUUCCGAUAUGCAUUGAUUAUCUCAAGUGCGCGACACGAGAGCGCGAUGCUGCUGCUAGUCUUCUCGUGCGGCUGUCUUUGCGGCCCGACAUGCGCAAAGUAGGCCUGCUGGAGUCUCUCGUCAAGUGGGCCUUGUCGUUCUUCAGCAGCACAACUGAGAGCGUGUCUGACAUCCACACCUGCUUAGGUGUCUUGGCUUUUCUUAGUGGUCUUGUUGCAUCCGCGAACAAGGACGAGCUAGGAGAGUUCCUCAUGGAUAUCUACAAGGCCUGUGAUUUCAUCGUCAAACAAGAAAAUCUUGAAUUUGUCAAAUCGUCCGCCGUUGCGAGAAAGCUUGUCAUCAAGACGUUCCGCCACAUUGUUGUUCACUACUUACAAUCCGAUUCUUCUGAGGACUCGUCUGCGGUGCUGGAGGACGUCAUAGAUUUCCUGCUGCAAACCGUCGGUGACGGAGAUUCUCCAGUAAGAUAUGCAGCAAGCAAGGCGCUCAGUAUCAUCACCAUGAAGCUCGAGCCCGAGAUGGGUGCUGAGGUAAUCGAGGCUAUCCUGGGCUGUCUCAACGAAGAUGUGCUGUGGGAUGGCUCCGCCAGAAAUCUAAGUGCCGUCAACCCUCUUCGCUGGCACGGCCUCACGCUUGCACUCUCUCAACUGCUCUACCGGAGAGCGCCAUCCACCGACCAACUUCCAGACAUCCUCAAUGCUUUGAUCCUCGCUCUCACCUUUGAACAGCGCUCUGCCACCGGAGGUUCUAUUGGCACGAAUGUCCGGGAUGCAGCUUGUUUCGGCAUUUGGGCCGUGUCCAGAAGAUACACCACGAAAGAACUACUCUUGGUGAGCACUACUUCCAUCCGUGCUGCAGGAGGACACGAUCAGGCGCUAGUUAUUCCCCAAAUUCUAGCCAUCGAACUCUUGGUCGCUGCAUGUUUGGAUCCCGCUGGAAAUAUCCGUCGGGGAUCUUCCGCCGCACUUCAGGAACUUAUCGGCAGACACCCCAACACGGUGCUUGAGGGAAUAUCUCUUGUUCAAAUCGUCGACUUCCACGCUGUCGGAUUGCGUGAUCGCGCCAUCAGCCAGGUUGGCUUCAAGGCUGCGCAAUUGGGCCAGAUAUACUGGGAUUCCUUGUUUGCCGAGUUGCUUAGAUGGCGAGGUGUCGGAUCGCUUGACCCACCCUCUCGGACUUCCACUGCAAAUGCUAUAGGUCGCUUAAGCACUAUCCAGCCGUUCAACACCGUCAAAGCCAUGGUUGAGCGUGUCAGCAAUCAACUUUGCAAGCUCCAUGUCCGAGACGUCGAGGAACGUCACGGCUUGAUUUUAUCUCUGGCAUCGCUGAUAACAGAAAGUAGUCGCCGGCAUUCUCCAGAGCCCUCUGCGCAGUCAGUCGAGCAUGCAACUCCUCUCCGGGGACAGGAGCUUGCGGAAAUUGCUGGAUUGUGGAGUCUCCUUGACGGGCAACUCGACCUUCCCGAACGGGCAUUUACAUCUCCAGCACUCCGACCAGACCUGACAGCUGCUGCUAUAUGCACUUUCAUUGCUGCUCUAGCUAGCCUUACCAAUAGCUUGGGCGAUGACAUCUCCUUCCUUCCAGUCCCUUUCACCAAGAUCCUUGCUAUGGCCCCCUUGCGGCUCUGUCUCGGUCGGACGGAGGACUCUGUCCUUCGCACAGUACCCUCGGCCAUCUCUACUGUCUCUCUACUUCUAAACGCUGACGAUCGGAGGGAGGAGGUGCAUUCAUGGCUGAACCAUCUCAAGUCGUCAAACGUCAGGACUGUUCUACGUGAUCCAGGUUACGCCAUUGCCAUUGGAGCAAUCUACAGCGCAGUCGCAGACGAUGCCGACCGCGUGCGAAUCAUCGAACUCUUGAGUUCUCGAUGCACAGAACGAGUGGGGAUUGAGGCGCGUGUGGUUGCACUCCAGAGCUUGCAACUGGUUUUCGAGGCUGUAGCAGUGACUACUCGCAGCUCACUGAACUCCAAGAUUGCAGAAGCUCUCAUAACAGCGCUGAAUGAUUACACUAUCAACGAACGUGGCGACGUUGGUUCGCUUGUUCGACUGGAGGCUCUUAAUGCCGUGGACAGCGCCUGGAAGUACGGUCUAAUUGCCGACCUUGAGCAAGAGCCACAGAUUCUCGCCGACGUGACAAGGCUGUCAUUGGAGAAGCUUGACAAGGUGAGAUUGAGGGCAGCUUUGUGUCUGCAACACAACGGGAAGGGGUACUUUGACACUGAAUCUCAGCUUACUGCUUCCGGGAUCUCAUCCCACGACUACUUCACACGCGCCAUCAAAUACUUCAAUUCGGACACAACUGCAACCACGGGCCUCGCUAUCGUGGAAGGGUACAUUAGCUCCGCAGGCAUGGGCUCUGAAUCCGUCGUCCAAGCCUCGAGGCUUGCACUUGUUGAGCACCUUCAGGCACUUCCCACCGAAAGCGAUGGGUUUUCUCUCUUCCACGUAGCGAACACAAUCCUGGAUGUCUGCAAGGCUCACCUUGCUAACGACCGGAUCAUUGUACCAAUGCUCGAGGUUUUAGCAUUCCUGCUUGACGCUCAGGUGUUUCAAAGGCUCGUUGGGAGUAGCUUCAAAUGGCGCAAUCUCCUGUCGCUUGUGCAGAAAGCCCACUUCAAGUCCAACAACAUGCAAAAGCUUUACCUCGCGCUUGACGUGUACAGAGGACUUUCGGAUGUUCAAGUCAUUCGUCAGGAGGUGCGGACGAAGUUGGCAAGCAUGUUGUUACAUCCAUUCCCCAAGGUCCGUGUCGCAGCUGCAGAGACGUUGUUUGUGGUCUCAGCGAACGAGGAGCUGAAGGGACAUGAUUGGUCGCAGCCGUCGAAGAAUCUAAAGGGCAUAGCAGAUGGAAUAAAGGCCCAGAUAGUUUAA